CCAAAAACUCCAUCAACCAGAACGAGUUUCCACCGGAGAAUUGCCACUUCGGUCGUGGAAGGCUUCUCGAAGGCUAUGCCGUGCCUCGAGGACGCUGGGUUGCACUGGGACAGGAUGUCCGAGUGACAAGCGCCAAUUCAUCCGGGAACGCAAUAUGCUUCUCUACAACGGCCUAAUACUUUGAAUUUACCCGAUAGCCGACUGUCGGACUCGGCCCGGGUACGGAGAACACGGUGAACCAACGACAGUGUUCAGUUGUUUCUUUGGAGUACCGUACCGUAUGGGACUACCCAGGCGGGUCCAGAUUGCCCCGUUGGUAGCUCGCCAGGCAGUUUAACCCCGCGCGGUUAAAUCACUUUGCCCCUCCACUCCACUUUUCUCUCCAGCAAGACGAAUGAACACGGAGCUUUUGGGCUACUUGUUGGUUACAAGGGGGACAUACUCCGUAAGGUAGGAGUAACUCCGCGUCCCUCUCCACGUCUUGUCUGGAUUAUGGACCGCGAUGGGGUCACGGCCAAAAAAAAGAAAAAGAAAGAAAUGCGGGCUCCUUUCUUGAUCACCUGCUUGGCUGCCCGAAUCAUUUAAAUUCGUGCGCUCGCGCCUCGUAAGGGAAAAAGAAACCUGUUGAUCCUCUCUCCUUUGCUCUUCCUCUCACUCUCUUCACCCCCGACGUUCCGCAGUUCAUAGUUGACAAGGUCACCAUGUCGACCGCUACAACCGUCUCCAAGACCAACAUUGGUGUCUACACCAACCCCAAGCAUGAUCUGUGGAUUGCUGAGGCCGAGCCCAAAGCUGAGGAUGUCCAGAGUGGCAAGACCCUCAAGCCCGGUGAGGUGACCAUCGAGGUGCGAAGCACUGGAAUUUGCGGAUCCGACGUGCACUUCUGGCAUGCGGGCUGCAUCGGCCCCAUGAUCGUCACCGACGACCACAUCCUCGGCCACGAAUCUGCCGGUCAGGUCGUUGCCGUCGCCUCCGAUGUCACCUCUCUUAAGCCCGGCGACCGUGUCGCCAUUGAACCCAACAUUAUCUGCAACGAGUGCGAGCCCUGCUUGACCGGCCGGUACAACGGCUGUGAGAAAGUCGCUUUCCUUUCCACCCCACCCGUGGACGGCCUGUUGCGCCGCUAUGUCAACCACCCCGCCAUCUGGUGCCACAAGAUCGGCGACAUGAGCUACGAGGACGGUGCCCUCCUGGAGCCACUGAGUGUGACUCUGGCGGCCGUCGAGCGCAGCGGGCUGCGCCUGGGCGACCCUACCCUCAUCACCGGUGCUGGUCCCAUCGGUCUGAUUUCAUUGCUGAGUGCCCGCGCCGCUGGUGCUUGCCCUAUUGUUAUUACCGAUAUUGACGAGGGCCGUCUGGCCUUUGCCAAGUCACUGGCCCCCGAGGUGCGCACUUACAAGGUGGAGAUUGGCAAGUCGGCCGAGGAGUCCGCGGAGGGCAUCAUCAAUGCCCUGAACGACGGCAAGGGCUCUGGCCCGGAUGCCUUGCGACCCAAGCUGUGCUUGGAGUGCACCGGUGUCGAGAGCAGUGUCAACUCUGCGAUUUGGAGUAUGAAGUUUGGCGGCAAGGUGUUUGUGAUUGGUGUUGGCAAGAACGAGAUGACUAUUCCCUUCAUGCGUUUGAGUACUCAGGAGAUCGACCUGCAGUAUCAGUACCGCUACUGCAAUACCUGGCCCCGCGCCAUCCGCCUGGUGCAGAAUGGUGUGAUUGACCUGCGCAAGUUGGUGACCCACCGUUUUACGUUGGAGGAUGCCCUCAAGGCCUUUGAGACUGCGGCCAACCCCAAAACUGGUGCUAUCAAGGUGCAGAUUAUGAGCUCGGAGGAGGAUGUUAAGGCGGCCUCGGCUGGUGAGAAGAUCUGAAUAAGAGGUUGGAAGGAUUGAUGGAGGAUGGACUCGAUAGGUCCAUGGUGUGAGAGAGGUGCCGUUUUAUUGACCUUUGGUAUCCUGGUCAGAGCGGAGGUUCCAGAUGAUGACUUUUUUUUUCAUAAUCACGACACGAAUGAUGUCUAGAGAUGCCCACUGGGUACUAUAGAGAGACCCUGAAAUGAAUUUCCUUUUUUUUGUGCAGUUCUGUUGAAUAUUUGAGCAAGUCGAAGUCUAGUUUUU